GAGGCUGUUAUUAGAAGCGACAAGAGCGAACAAACGAGAUAAGAGAGAGGCUACCGCGUAACAUCUACUGCGUCCCUCUUGCCGUCAGUGUAUCGUCGCAAUGCCAGCCCCACGAAAGGUCUCCAUCGUGCAGAAUCUCCUGCGCCAGGGCUCGUCGUCUCAGCGCCUGCCGGCUCGUGUGAAAGUGAUCACACUCACACCUCCCCAUCACACCUCCAUCAGAACGUGAUAGCUCCAAAGUGGCUAAUAGUCCUACGCUAAUGGAAAAGUUUGAAGGCUGCCUCGUGGGGGUUUUGCUAGGUGACUGCCUUGGCGCACCCUUCGAAGAAGAUUUAGCCGGGAAGAAUGUUCCAGACAUCCCCACGUUCUUUCAAAACCUAAUGAAGAACAACGUUGUCCCAGGUCCAUCAGCAGGCCGAAAUUUCCGGCCGUCGAAAGCUUAUCCAGGGCGCGGAGAGUACCAUUACACUGACGACACAGCCAUGACAUUCUGCCUCGCAAGGUCCCUGCUAGAGAAAAAGGAAUUUGAUGCUGCGGAUGUGGCAAGGAGGUUUACGACCGAAUAUUUCAACAACCAGGAAUGCUUCAACGAAUACGGCAACGCUGUUCGAGACGUGUUCAGGAAACUGAAAAACAGCAACUACCAUGACCCUUAUAAACCUGCAAAGGAACAAUUCGGAGGACGCGGGUCCUACGGAAAUGGAGCCUCGAUGAGAGUUGCUCCUGUUGCACUUCUUUACAAGAGCGACAUCGCCAAAUUAAUUCAGGUGGCGAGAAGUCAAGCCCAGUUGACGCAUAGCCACAAGACUGGCUACAAUGGUUCCAUUCUUCAGUGCCUGGCUAUCUACUUGGCAUUGAAAAGCAACCCUGAAACUCCAUUGGACGUCAUAGGCUAUGUCGAUAAGCUGCUGGUAUUCAUGGAUGAGCUGGAAGAAGGCACGGAUGGCUUUAAGCCGUUCUGCUUUAAGCUGAUGGUGAUCAGAAAGAUCCUCAGUGAUCCUACGCAAGAUCCAACACCAGCGGAAAUCGCCAAGGAGAUUGGCAACGAUAUCACGGCACAGGGCUCUGUUCCAACAGCCAUCUACUGCUUCCUGAGAUCGCAAAGACCCCUUUCCAGUCUCGAUCACGAGAGCCCGUUCGUUCGAUGCCUGCACUUCGCCGUGUCCUGCGGUGGAGAUACGGAUACGAUAGCGUCUAUGGCCUGCGCCAUCACCGGAGCCCGGCACGGCAUCGGCGCCAUCCCACGAGUGUUCCAACGGUUGUGCCAAGGUGUCGACGAAAUGACCUCUAUAGCCGACACUAUAGAGGAAAUCGUCAACAAGUGAAGGCUGCUCGCACGUCAUCUUGAUGUUCUCGCAGAAUGCUCUUAACUUAUAAUUACCCGAAUGUAUUCUCGGGCUCAGUUUUAAACAUGAAGUCUAUAAAGGUUCAGGGCUCAUC